AUGAUUGAGAGUAAGAAAAACCGAGUCUUUGUUGCUGCUCAGAAAUCCGAAUCUUCACCAAUCAGAAACUCUCCACGGCAUUUCCAAAGCCAAGACCCUUUCUUGAACCUUCACCCUGAGAUAUCUAUGCUUCGAGGUGAAGGAGCCAAUACGACAAUACCCAAUCCUAGAAAGGAGACAACUUCCGCGGGUCCUGUCACCGAGGAUUUCGAGGAGCCAUCUGCUCCAAGCAGCUACAAUGAGGCGAGGAUUAAAGUUAUUGGUGUGGGAGGUGGCGGAUCAAACGCUGUGAACCGUAUGAUUGAGAGUGAAAUGUUGGGCGUGGAGUUCUGGAUCGUGAACACUGAUAUUCAGGCUAUGAGGAUGUCUCCUGUUUUAUCAGACAAUAGGUUACAGAUUGGUAAGGAGCUGACUAGAGGUUUAGGUGCUGGAGGGAAUCCAGAGAUUGGUAUGAAUGCUGCUAGAGAGAGUAAAGAAGCUAUUGAAGAGGCUCUUUAUGGCUCAGAUAUGGUCUUUGUCACAGCUGGAAUGGGCGGUGGAACUGGUACUGGAGCAGCCCCUGUAAUAGCAGGAAUCGCCAAGGCGAUGGGUAUACUAACGGUUGGUAUUGCCACAACGCCUUUCUCGUUCGAGGGUCGAAGAAGAGCAGUUCAGGCUCAAGAAGGGCUUGCUUCACUGAGAGACAAUGUUGACACUCUCAUCGUCAUACCAAAUGACAAGCUUCUUACAGCGGUCUCUCAGUCUACCCCUGUAACGGAAGCUUUUAAUCUAGCUGAUGAUAUACUUCGUCAGGGGGUUCGUGGGAUAUCUGAUAUCAUUACGAUUCCUGGUUUGGUAAAUGUGGAUUUUGCUGACGUGAGAGCUAUAAUGGCGAAUGCGGGUUCUUCAUUGAUGGGAAUAGGAACUGCAACAGGCAAGGUUUGGUUUUGUUUGCGUCAUGCUGAUUCAUCUAAUCAAGCAGGAAAGAGCCGGGCAAGAGAUGCUGCGCUAAACGCGAUCCAAUCACCUUUGUUAGACAUUGGCAUUGAGAGAGCCACUGGAAUCGUUUGGAACAUCACUGGUGGAAGCGACUUAACACUGUUUGAGGUAAAUGCUGCUGCGGAAGUUAUAUAUGAUCUUGUCGAUCCAACUGCCAAUCUUAUAUUCGGCGCUGUUGUUGAUCCAUCACUGAGCGGUCAAGUAAGCAUAACCCUCAUAGCAACCGGUUUCAAACGUCAAGAAGAAGGAGAAGGAAGGGCGGUUCAGAUGGCACAAGCGGAGACCGCCUCAAUCGGAGCUACAAGAAGACCUUCUUCCUCCUUUAGAGAAGGAGGUUCAGUGGAGAUCCCAGAGUUCUUGAAGAAGAAAGGCAGCUCUCGCUAUCCCCGAGUCUGA